AUGGAGAAGUUUAUUGUGGGCAUCCUGCUUCUCUCUGUUCUUUCAGGAAGUAUAUCACAAUCAGACAUGAAGGGAAAGGCAUUUAUUUUCCCUAAAGAAUCAUCCACUGCCUAUGUGUCCCUGAUACCACAAGUGAGGAAGCCACUGCAGAACUUCACCCUGUGUCUGAAGGCCUUCACAGACCUGACCCGCCCUUACAGCAUCUUCUCCUACAACACAGAGACCAAGGACAAUGAGAUUCUUCUCUUUGUGCAAAACGUAGGCGAAUACAUGUUUUUUGUUGGGAAUUCAGCUGUCAUCUUCAAAGCACCCACAAGUCCUUACGAUCCAGUCCAUAUCUGUGUGAGCUGGGAGUCUGGUUCUGGGAUUGCAGAAUUCUGGCUGAAUGGAAAGCCCUUGGGGAGGAAAGGCCUGAGGAAGGGGUACACUGUCGGGGAUAAGGCAAUGAUCAUUCUAGGGCAAGAGCAGGAUUCCUAUGGGGGAAAAUUUGAUGCAAAGCAAUCCUUUGUUGGGGAGAUAUGGGAUGUUUUCUUGUGGGACUAUGUGGUCCGCCUAAAUGAGGUAUCUAACAGCUGUAAGAAUGGCAGCCUUAUAAACUGGCGUGCUCUUAAUUACCAAGACUAUGACUAUGUGGUAAUGAAGCCCACGCUGUGGACUUAA